AUGCACCAAUACCAUACUUCCUCCGGCAAACUUCCAGCUCUUUUUGCCGCCUGCACACAACUUACCCACUUGAAGCUUUUGAAAUCUCACCUUAUCGUCCAUGGUUUCUUUAAACAAGAGGCAGUUGUGGGAAAUUUUCUUACACGAUGCUUUGAUCUGGAUGAUCCCCAAUCAGCUCUAUCAACCCUCUCCAGAAUCAACCCGACCUUGUUCUUGCAGAAUUUGACCAUCAGGUGCUUACAUGAUCAUAAAUUGUACCAGAAUGUUCUUUCUGUGUAUAAAUUUUGCCAGUCUUCUAGUUGCCCAUCGGAUAAUUUUACCUUCCCCUUCGUCCUCAAGGCUUGUUCGGCCGUAAACGCUGUUCGGAAUGGUAAGGAGAUUCACUGCGUUAUUGUGAGAACUGGGUUCGAUCAAAAUGUAGUUGUGCAGACAGCUUUAGUGGAUUUUUACGCAAAAAAUGGUGAUAUCAGUAUUGCCCGCAAGUUGCAUGAUGAAAUUACUCAACCAGAUUUGGUCUCAUGGAACGCAUUGCUUUCUGGGUAUUCUUUUCAUGGACUUAAUCACGAAGCUAUCCAUGUCUUUAACCGGAUCAGACUUACAGAUUUGAACCCUAAUGUGAGCACUUUCGCUAGCUUAAUUCCAGUGUGCUCUCGUUUGGAUGAUUUAAGGAUAGGAAAGUCGCUCCAUGGGCACGUUUUAAAAUGUGGGUACUUCACACAUGAUUUCUUGAUUCCUGCUUUCAUUUCAAUGUAUGGCAACAAUCAAGAUUUAUCCAUUGCUAGAGGUAUAUUUGAUUAUACAUCAAAAAAGAAUGUUACCAUGUGGAAUGCCAUGAUCUCUGCCUACACACAAAACCAGAAAUCUCAUGAUGCAAUUGAGCUAUUCGGAGAAAUGACUCGUGAUCAUAUCACACCUGAUAUGGUCACUUUUGUGUCUAUAAUCCCUUCUUCUGGAACUGAUUAUGGUGAGUCUCUUCAUGCAUAUGUUAUCAAAUUAGGGUUACAAAACCAACCAGCUAUUGCCACCACCAUUUUGUCAAUGUAUGCAAAGUUUGGUCAUCUGAAUUCAGCUAAAUUCCUCUUUAAUCACAUGAACUACAGAAACCUUUUGUCAUGGAAUGCUAUGGUAUCUGGGUAUGUUUAUAAUGAGUGUUGGAAUAUGAGUUUAGCUGCAUUUUGUGAAAUGCAGGCUCAUGGUGUUCAUCCAGAUGCAGUCUCUAUAAUAAACAUUCUUUCUGCAUGUUCUGGACUGGAAGCAACUCGUUUAGGUCAAUCUGCUCAUGCUUUUAGUCUUAAAACUGGGAUUGAUUCAAAUCUCAACUUAUCUAACACACUACUUGCUUUUUAUACUGAUUGUCACAAAAUGAGCUAUUCCUUUUGUGUAUUUGAAAGAAUGGAUGUAAGAGAUAACGUUUCAUGGAAUACACUAAUAUCAGGAUGUGUACACAAUGGAGAAGAUGAAAAUGCAAUUCUCCUUCUUCGCCAAAUGCAGAAAAAAGGUGUGAAAUUUGAUUUAGUCACCUUGAUAAGUGUACUCCCUUGUUUCAAGAAUCUUGAAAAUUUGGUUCAAGGUAUGGCUGUUCAUGGCUGUGGUAUAAAACUUGGUUAUGCAUCUGAUGUUUCUUUAGCCAAUGCACUUAUCAGCAUGUACAUGAACUGUGGAGAACUCGAUACAGGAAAGUUGAUCUUUGAUGAGAUACCCAAUAAGGAUGUGAUUUCAUGGAAUGCUCUGAUAACUGGUUAUCAUCUUCACAUGGUACAUAAAGAGGGGAUUUUGAUGUUUGCUGGAAUGAUGAAGGAUGGGGAAAACCCUAAUCAGGUAACCUUAUUAAAUUUGUUGCCAAUGUGUUAUACACGAAUGCAAGUGAAGUCAAUUCAUGCUUAUGCAACUAGGAGAUGGAGUAUCAUGCUUGAAACCUUGUUCAUGGCUUCUCUCAUAUCUGUAUAUGGUCGAUUUGGUGAUGUAAGAUCAUGCAAAUUUUUGUUUCAAAUGGGAGAAAAAGGGGAUAUUUCAAUCUGGAAUGCUAUUUUAGCUGCUCAUGUGGAAUCAAAUCAUGCCAUGAUGGCUGUCUCUUUGUUCUCCAGUUUGCUUAGAGUGAAAAUACAACCUGAUUAUAUAACUAUUUUGAGCUUAACUUCAGCUUGUGCUCAGAUAAACCAUACCAACCUUACAAACUGUGUAAUGGGUUAUGUUUUAAAAAAGGGGAUCGACAAGUAUGUAGCUGUAAGCAAUGCGUUUAUUGACUUGCAUGCUAAAUCUGGGAACAUAUCGUAUGCAGAGAAUGUGUUUGAUGAAAUGCUUGUUAGAGAUAUCAUCUCUUGGAAUACCAUGAUUCAUGGAUACGGGUUACAUGGUAAUGGUGAAGCUGCAUUUGCUUUAUUCACACAAAUGAGAGAUUCGGGUUUCAAACCUGAUGAAGCGACAUACAUUAAUAUCUUGUCUGCUUGUAGUCAUGCUGGAUUAGUUGAUGAAGGAUGGAUGGUGUUUAAAUUGAUGCUAAAAGAUGAUGAAAUUUCACCACGGAUGGAUCACUAUGGUUGUAUGGUGGAUUUGUUGGGUAGAACAGGAGAAGUGAAAAAGGCUUAUGAUGUUGUGAGGAGGUUGCCAUUUGAGGCUUCUGUAAGCAUGUUGGAGUCUUUAUUGGGUUCUUGUUUGAAUCAUGGAGAGAUUGAAAUCGGGGAGGAAAUAGGGAGACUGAUUCUCGAAAGGGAUCCAGAGAAUUCGGGAGUGUAUGUGAUGCUUUAUAAUGUGUAUGCAGGAAGUGGGAGGUGGAGUGAGGGUAAUAAAGUUAGGUCUUGUAUUGAAGCAAAGAAUUUGAGGAAGUUGCCAGGAUUUAGUUUAGUGUAA